UCAGAAGCCCCUCCCACUGCCCAGAGGCCUGCCCCCGGGCGUCACCUCAGGACGUGUCUGCUUCCCGAGCAGCUGGUCAACUUUUCUGAGCAAACAACUCCGUCUGCUCAGUUACUAACAACAGAAAAUGGCGCCCGUGGAGCAACAGGAUCUGUAGAUGUGUGGCCGCAGCUGUCCGCAGCCUCCUGGGAUAGAACGAGGAGCAAGCCCAGUUUUCUUGUUUUGCUGGUUGAGUGGGCAGUCUGCUUAUACCACAUAUCUUGGCUGUCUUUGAGAAGCCGAUGUCGUCCCCACAAUUUCCAGUCUUCUUAUGGGAUAAGGGUACGCUCCUCACUGUCACAGAUGACCAUGCAUACCUAGUAAAAGUUCUCUUCUUCUUUGUACUCCUGAUGACUCUCGUCACCCUACUCAUCCUGGCCUGGAAAUUAGGCAAAGACAAAGGCAACAAGAUCCGAGAACCAGAUUUAAGAAAGGAGGCAAAGCAGCUGGCAUGAAGAUCUACCCCUCUUGGUGGAGACUUUGUUGAGGUGAAGACCUGGAGGCCCAAGAGGUAGGGCCAGCGUCCACCUGUCUUAGCCCCUGGAGCCUGGGAAGGAAGGGCUGCCUCAGCCACCCCUUCCCCCAAUGCCAGUGACUUGCCCACGCGGCCUUGUCCGCCUCCACUGCCUCCUUGAUAAUUCACACUUCGGCAGCUUGUCUAGGCUCUCGAGUUUGAAUGUCUUCUCUCUGUGGAUCUUCUAGACUGAAAUUAUAAAUAGCUCUUGAUUUCUGCAUUAAUAGAAGAAACAAACACAUGGAGAAUUAAAAAGUGAUUACAAAUUCAAAUUUUCCAUUUUAAAGGACAUUGAAAUCAUGAGGGGUUCACAGCACCUCAAACUAUAUAAUAAAGCUGUACUGAAGCUCAGAAGAUCCUUGAAUCAGCCCACUCUGGCUUGAAAUCUAGGUAAAAUUCUCUUUCCUUUUCAUUUAAUCUGGAAAUAAAGAAUAUUUCUCCUCAAAUAAA